UAAAUUAAUAAAAUAGUUAUAAUGUAUAUUUAUAUUUUUAAACUUUAUAUUUAUAUUUUUAAGAAGAUAUAUUAAGAUCUUAUUAGACUCCAAUCUUAGAAAAAUCAAUAUGAAUAUCUUUGUUUUAAAAUUAAAAUAGUUUGUUAAAUUAAUAAAAUAAUUUAGUUAAAACAAUAUAUUUUUAUGCAUAGUUAAUAUAAAAAGGCAAACUUGAUAAUAUACAUUGAGAUAUUUUAAACAUAAAAUCCUUAAUUUCUUUCAGUAAAAAGCCUAAGGUCUUGUUUCUUACAUAUCUCUCUCUCUCUCUACAUAUUAUAUAUGACUAACCCCAAUAGUGCUUUCACUGAAUCUAAAGCUAUAAGCCAAGCUUCUUCAUCGUCAGUUACUAUUGUCUCAGCUCGCACGUGCGGUGACAGUAUCUCUAGCUCUGCCGCGUGUGAAAAAUCUUGUCCACUUACUACUAUCACUUCUGCUACUGUUUCCUUUGCGGCUGCUACUUCUACAAGUGGUAGUGAUAAUGAUACAUUAAUGGACACUGACGCCGGAUUGAUCUCUCGCCGGAAAAAUCAUCCGGUUUACCGGGGGAUCCGUUGCCGGAGCGGAAAAUGGGUCUCCGAGAUCCGAGAGCCUAAGAAGACAACACGUGUCUGGCUGGGGACUUAUUCGACGCCUGAGAUGGCUGCCGCUGCCUAUGACGUUGCGGCUUUAGCUCUUAAAGGCGGAGAGGCGGUCUUAAACUUCCCCGAGUCCAUCGGGAGUUACCCUCUUCCGGUUUCCUCUUCAGCAGCUCAUAUCCGAACCGCUGCGGCUAAGGCGGCUGCUACGGUUGGUGCUGCGGCUGCGGCUGCUGUCAAUGCGGCUAUGAAGGGAGGUGAAAAGAAGGAAGAGAAAGUUUGCGACGGGGCGGGAUCUUCAGCUGUGGAGUUUGUGGAUGAAGAAGAGCUAUUGAACAUGCCUGGUUUGCUAGAGGAUAUGGCCAAGGGGAUGAUGGUGGCUCCGCCGUGGAUGGGGUGUCCUCCAUCGGAUGAUUCUCCAGAGGAUUCCGACGGAGAGAGCUUGUGGAGUUAUUGAUUUGUGUUGAAAUCUGUUUUAUUUUGUGUUGAAUGUUUGUUUACUUCUUUGCCAAUCACUGUAUGUCUUGUUGAAUAAAUCGUAUGUUUCCCA